AUGGCCCGGAAUUUCACUAAAACUUCCCUCUUGCUCCUAAUUUCAAUUUUUACAAUUGCCAUAUCAAGAACAACAAUAGCAAGUGAUCCUAACAUCCUUUCAGAUUUCAUUGCCCCAGAAAAUCAAACCUCUGUUGAUGCCAAUUACUUCACAUACACCGCGAUGCGUGGUAUAUUUCAAAAAUCUAUUGAUACAGUUACUACAACAAAGGCUACAAAGGCAGAAUUUCCAGCUCUUAAUGGUCAAGGAGUGUCCCUAGCUGUACUUCAAUUCCCUCCGGGUUUUGUAAACCCGCCCCACUACCACUCUCGCGCUACUGGACUCUUUCUCCUUCUUGAAGGCGUUUUAGAG